AUCGAUACACGAUGUCAUAACCUUCUCGCCGCAUUGCUGUGCUUUUCUCUUGCAAUUUUAUUUUUAACAUUUAAAUAGCCAGAAAUUUAAAUGAAAAUGUGGAAAUUGGGGCAUGGCAAGCAACUGCAGCAUCGCCUGCAGUCGGCCAUUGUCAAUGGUGCCCGCCGACUGCAGUCUCAGACUAAAGCAAUAACGAACGCUGAUGCAGAACCGGAAUACCCAGCCAUUAAGGAUUUGAGUUUCAAGGCAAGAAAAGAGCAGAUAGCUGUCGACUGGCACGAAGAGUUGCGGCAAGUGCCGACCAUUGAAGAGAAGUUGAUCAAAGUGAAUAUGCCUCGCUAUUAUGGCUAUAAAGUAGUGGAAUUAACGGACAAGCAAAUCCCAUACAAUGCCCUGGGAUUGACCCAGCACUACACCAGAACUAAGCUCGAAGAAGUACCUGUCAAGGGCAAAGAAGAGGCAACGACAACCGAGCAGAAGCAAUUGGAGUCCUUCGUUCAAACUGCCCGAGGAGAUUUGAUUGAGGCCUUGGAAUUCUCUCAUGAAUUUUAUUCGAACCAGUCAGCAGGUCAAGCAGUCGAUCCCAUUGCCAAGGAACAGGAACUAACUCAAAUAAUAGUUGAGCAGGUGAAUCGAACAAUAUUGCAGGUGCUGCAGGGUGAUUGCCCGCAUUUACUGGACGUGGAAGUUGACUACAAUCCUCGACAUGAAGCCUUCUGGGCUGUGGGUGGCAUUGAACCCCCAAAAAAUGUGGUCUCCUCCAAAAAGGGUCGUGAUUGGCAAAAGGAUGAUGCAAACGAUAAAGUGGUGGAUCGUUUAGUGCAAUAUACUGGCUCCCCCUAUCUGUCACUCCGCCAUCACCAGCAGCUGCAGCCAUGGAAGUCGCCCGAGGAGAGUAACAAUAUCGAGGAGGCCCAAAAGCUGCCACGUUAUACCCAUGAUGCACGCACCUUGGGCUACAAUUGCACCUAUCAACAUGCAGUCAAUGUGCCUGGCUAUUGGCCGAAUGUCGGCGGCAGUGUAACGACUUUUUCGAACUUUGGUCUCAUCUCCUUUCAGUCACGUGCACAUUUGGCCACCAAGAGCUUCGCCCGCGAUUCCAAGGAGCUGCAGGAUGCCCUACAUGCCCUCGGCAUUCAAUCCUCAUAUGCUUGGCUUCUGGCUCAGGCCAAUUACAAUGGCUUUAAUACCUACAACGACAUAACCUAUCCCAUGAAUACCCAAACCAUCAUAACGAAUGGACGUGAGUGGAGUUUCUACGAGUAUCAAUUGAACACAUUACUUCAGCAUAGUCGCCAUGUUGAUGAGAAUCCUCGUCUUAAUUUCUGUCGCGGCACAGCUCCUUUGCCGCUGUACGGCGAGAUCUCUGCUAGUGGUAAAGUGGUGGAUUUCAAUGAGGCUGCCUUGAACCAGUUGAUUGCCUUCUAUGUAAAUUCCCCUGUCAUAUCACGUUCCACCGAGGAUUUGCAGCCAUAUGUCCAGAGCAAACUCGCAGACUAUGAGAAUGUCGAGCAACGCGAAUUCAUUCAAAAAACUGUGCAGCAUUUGUCAUCAAAACGUCCCCGACAUUUAGAAUUACCCGAAAUUUAUUUGUGGGAGAAAAUCUACAAGAUUGAUCACAAAACGCGACCCAUGGAGCCACGUCGUCGCUACUUUGAGCGGGACAUCAAUCCUUGGCGUCGUACCCUCGAUCAACAUGAUCUGACCUAUGUGCCACGUGCAGUUAGGCCGGGAGGUCGUAAGAAUCGUGAGGGACGCUUCAAGAAAACCUAUUAUCCCUAAUUUAAGUGCAUAUUUGUGCUAUAGGCAAUUUGUUACCAGUAAUUUUAAUAAAACAAAAAUUGUAAAUUAAA